AUCAGAAGAAGAUAUGGACACAAACAAUAUUGAGCUGAAAGGGUCCAGAGAAACCAAGCUGUAUGUCUCAUCGGGUGACUAUAUUGAAUUUCGUUGUAAAGCAGGAUAUGUGAAAGAGCAAGAGCCUUCCCACUUCAGAGUCCAGUGUGUGGAGGGGGUGUUGGAUUACCCACGAUGCAGGCUGGGCAGGAACUGUACAGUGAGUACAAACCAUAUGGAAAGCAACAAUAUUCAACUACAGUCACCCCAAUCAAGAACUUCCACCUAUCACUCUGGGGAUUUUAUUUUCCUAGAAUGCAAAAGCGGGUACCGACAAGUUUCAAGAGCUGAGAAAUUUAGAGCACAGUGCCUGGAUGGAGUGAUUACAUAUCCUACAUGUCGAAAAUCGUGGUUUGGAUAAAUGGAAAUGGCAUGAAGGAGGCCAGCUGCAGAAAUAAGAGAGCCCUCAGCCAACCCAGUGAUUUGAGCUCAAUUUUUCCUGGUGUUUCCCAUUUUGCUGUGCUUUGUUUGCAGCUUAGCCAAUGUUCUGCCUUGGAAUUUGUUUUUAUGAUUGGAUGAUUGUGUUUGCAUAUUAUCCACAUUUUAUCCAUUUUUGUAAAUGUAUUUACAUUUUGUCCAUCCAAAUGGCUGUGCUUGCAUUUUAUCCAUUCUAUACUGAUCUCACUGUUAUUUUUAUUAACAAUUUUGUCCUGAAAUAGGCUGGCUUUGGUGGCAUACUGAGACAAGAAUUAAAGCUCGUGAGUAAUUUGAUUCUCA